AUGGAAGAUAAGAACGUAAAGAAGAAAUUGCUUGAAAUGUCAAGACAUCUGUUAUCAGGUGGCAACAACACGCUUCAUUCCGAACAGAUUAGAGCUGAAAUACAACGAUUCGAAAGUGUGCAUCCAUGUAUUUAUCAGAUCUACGACUUGCUGAAUCUUCUCCCAGAUGGAUGUCAUGCGAUAAGCGAACAAAUUCGAGAACAAAUCGUUUCAGUCGAAGGUAUGUUUUCAAUUUUACUUCUCGAGUAA